AUCAAACUUCUCAUUACUUCAUCGGUGUUCAAAUCAGUUCGAAUCUGACGUUGUCUAACCUUGAUGACCACGUGCCGUGGAACACGUGCACUAAGUUUUUUCAAACGCACCAACAUCGGGAGGUUCUAGAAGAUUAGAGAUCGUUCUCGCUCGACGACUGUACCACGUAUUUAUUUCGUAAUGAUGCAGGACAGACAUACCCCGCCGUUUCCGCCCGAUGUGGAGGAUCUCGACUCCGCGGACGAGAUGAUCGUGGAAGACGACAUCGAGGAAGUCAUCGAAUUAAACGAUCCGAUUUUCGAGAGCGCGAGUUCGUCCGACAGUGAGGAGUCGUGGAAAGAGACUGUCACGCAGAAGGACGACGCCGUGUGCGUCUUUCGCGGCCACACUCCCGGAUCCACAGUCUUUUGCUGCUCGUUAAGUAAAAACGGCGAACUGGCGGCGACGGGGGAUGAGGAUGACAAGGGAUACCUUUGGAACACCAGUACGAGCGAGAGUGUUUUGAACACAGGCACCAGCCACGAAGACAGUGUUAUAUUUUCGGACUUCAACCACAAUGACAAGUACUUGGCUACAGCUGAUAUGUCUGGCAAGAUAAAGCUGUGGAGGAUAAGUGAUAAGACCUGCGUCUGGGAAACUACCGUAAUGAACGAUAUUACUUGGAUAAAGUGGCAUCAUUUGAGUGACGUCUUGGUAGCAGGUGUCGUAACAGGAGAAGUUUAUAUGUUAAAAGUACGAAAGGAUGAUUAUAAGGUUUUCGCGCAUGGUACCGGUGAUAAAUCGGAGAGCGGUAUAAUUCUUCCAGAUGGGAAACGCGCCGCAAUAGGAUAUCAAAGCGGCACGAUUCACGUAAUAGAUUUAAAGUCGAACACGUUAUUGUCGACCAUUCCUCCUGAUCAAACAAGAUCACGUGGACAUUCAGCCGCUGUUAUCGCUCUCGAUUGUUACAUGGAUAAUAAUCUGUUGAUUUCAGUGUCAUUGGAAAGUCAGACUAUUUUAAGCACAGCACAUAACGGCAAGGUAGUCUGUAUACUUCAAGAUUUGAAAAAAAAUGAAGCUGAAGUUAACACCAAUAAUGUAGAGACCGCGGCUUUUUGCAAAGACCCUACAUUCCCCGCUGCUGCAACUGGAACAGUCGUGAGCGACGUAGAAGGAAAAAUUUACAUAUGGGAUAUUUCAAAACAAACUCUUAGGCACGAGAUGAGUCAGGAAGGAGGCAUCACAAAAUUGGUUUGGACUAGGACAACGUUAUUAUUUACAGCAGGAUUAGAUGGUAACCUAAGAUGUUUUGAUGCGAAAGCAGGCCAUCGUCUCCAAGUAUUCUCAGGCCACAAAACGGCUUUAUAUGACUUAUGUAUAUCCAGUGACGAGAAGAAAGCAUUGACAGUUUCCGAUGACAGCACUGCUAGGAUCUUUGACAUUUCAUCUCUAUGUUGAUAUACAUAUAUACAGGGUGAUUAUUAAUCAUUGGAACAAUUAUUUACCAUAAGAAAUGACUUCCGACGACGCUCCAUGUAAUUUAUUUAGAGUGAAGUCAGUAAGUCACUCUUAUGGUAAAUAGUUGUUACAACUAUUAAUAAUCACCCUGUAUGUAUUAACACCCUGUUAAUAUUUAAUAUCCUCUAUAUAUAUAUAUAUAUAUAUAUAUAUAUAUAUAUAUAUAUAGGAUAUUAAAUAUUAAUACUAAUGAAAUAUGUUUAUAAGUGUAUAUACACACAUAAACAUAAUAUAAAUUUAUAUACAUAUAUUUAUAAAAGCGUGAUUUAUAAAAUAUAUCUCUAUUUGGUAAAACUAUAGAAAAGGGAAACUUUGAAUACGUUGUUGAAAUUACAACUAAGUUAUUAAAUAUUAAAGUAAAUGACUUAAAUAAAAUUUUAAAUUAGACUUGGAUUAACAUAGAUAGUUUCGGAUAAAAAUGCAGGAAUUUCUUGCAUUUAUAACAUAUAGAUAAUAUGUAGAUAAUAAAAUUUCUAAUCGCUAUUGUA